AAACACACAUCUCUAUAUAUAUAUAUUUAUGGUAUCUAUAUAUAUAUAUUGGAUUCAGCCCCUUGCGAAUCGCCUCCUGAUGCCACUUGCCUGGACAAGCUUUUGCACUGCUGCUUAUGUCAGUAUGUUUUUGCAUUUAUUCUUUGUGUAGACGAUGUAUUAUACAAUGGAUAGAGGCUAUUCUGCUAUCGUAGCUGCUGACAAGGUCCGCAUAAUUCCCACCCUAAGAGCUUGUGGGCUAUUUUGGCUCAAAGAGUCCUGUCCCUGGCACCAGGCAGCACUAAGGACCAUGGCAGAGAGCAGCUCCACAGGACGUGGCACGGCAGCAGCCUCUGUGGGAGGAUCACGCACAGCCUUGGCUCGACGGUCCAACACCAGGAGCGGCGCGGGAGCAAAUUCAGGGGCAAACAGCGGUGGGCGCAAGGCCUCUGGAGGAGGUGGCAUUUUGAAGUUCUAUUCGGACGACUCUCCUGGAUUGAAAGUGGGUCCCACCACAGUACUUGUGCUUUCCUUGGUUUUCAUGGCAAUAGUGUGCUCAUUGCACAUCCUGGGCAAGUUCAGAAGUGGAUAAGGUGAUUCCAACCUCACGAAGGAAAGGGCCCAGGGCCGAACACAAGGAGUGUUCUUGCUGCUUUUCAGUCAAGGUGCUGUCACUCUUGAAGAGGAACAUACAUGUUUUUUUUGUAAGGGGACUUUGAGAUUCGCCGGCAGGGACCUGGACGUGCAAUGCACAAAGACACGCGACGUGGCGAACGUCACUGGUGGAAA